CUGAGGGGUGAGCGGGGCGGCCGAGGAGGGGUCAGGUCGGGGUGUUGCUGCCGCUCCUCCCACCGUGGCGGAGGGGUCCCGCUGUGAGAGCCCGGGCUGUGGGGGGAGCGGUGCUGUGCGUGGGCCCGGUAGGCCCCAGCGGGCGCCGUGACGGGGGAGGGCAAGGCCCGGCCUCCCCUCGGACUCUCCCGUCGCCUUUCGCCGCCUGGUCGCAGCAGGAGCAUCGCCUGGUUACUUCUGAGGGGAGAGGCGCGACUGCGGGGUAGAUGGUAGCUUCUGCGGACAAGGUCUUGUUAUCCAAGAAGUUGCUUGUUUUAAGUAAACUCUUUGAAUGUUUUCUGAGUUGCCAGAGAGGACACAGUUAAACACACCUUUCUUUUGCUGAUAAUGGAUGAAGAGAGCCUGGAAGCAGCCAUUCAGACCUACAAUGCCCAGCUGCAGCAAGUGGAGCUGGCUCUGGGGGCAGGCCUGGACCCAUCGCAGCAGUCGGACUUGAUUCAGUUGCAGGAGGAUUUAAAGCAGCUGAUAGAACUGACCGAAUCCAGCCUGGUGUCUGUUAAAAAGAGCAAACUUUUGGCUACUUUAGAUACAAAUGCCGCUUCCUCCUCUUCCUCCCCAGUCGGUCUCCUGGAGCAGGACAGGAACCCAGAGAGUUCUGCCCAAGACGAGGAGUACGCUGCUUUUAAGGAAGCCAUUGCUGAGCUUGGAACCGACGAGAAGCCUUCAGCUAAUAACGAGGAGAUACCAUCAAAGGGCGAUGAAGAAACUGAUGACAAAAAUGAAUCCAAGUACAGCGAAGAGGAGGAAGAGUCUGACAGAGAGGAGGAGGAGGAAUUAAGUGGGAUGAAGGUUAAAGCCCCCUAUUACAGUUCUUGGGGGACCCUGGAGUACCAUAAUGCCAUGAUUGUGGGGACAGAGGACUUAGAAGAUGGCAGUGCAGGAGUCAGAGUGCUGUAUCUCUACCCAACUCACAAGUCUCUGAAGCCGUGCCCGUUCUUCUUGGAUGACAAAUGCAGAUUUAAAGAGAAUUGUCGGUUUUCGCAUGGGCAGGUGGUCUCAGUGGAAGAGCUUCAGCCAUUUCAGGAGCCAAAUCUGAGCACGCUGGGGGUGGGCUCAGCCUGCCUGGCCAAACACAGCGAUGGAAUCUGGUACACUGCAAAAAUAACUGACAUUGACAGUGGUUACUACACUGUGAAGUUUGAUUCCCUGCUGCUCAAGGAAGCUGUUGUGGAAGCAGAUAGUGUCAUUCCCCCGCUGCGAAGUGAAGAUGGUGCCGAAUCUGCUGAGUCUGAUGAAGACAGUGUUGAUGAUUCUGGUUAUGCUAAAGUGAUAGACUCAGGAGUUCCAGAGAAUGGGGAAUGGACUCCUGCGUGCAGCUCCUCUUUUGGAGGCUGGGAAGCCCAUACCCGUGGUAUCGGCUCCAAACUGCUUGUUCGGAUGGGAUACGAGUUUGGAAAAGGGUUAGGGAAGAAUUCGGAGGGCCGAGUGGAGCCAGUGCAGGCUGUGGUACUUCCUAAAGGGAAGUCCCUGGAUCAGUGUGCUGAGGUGCUUCAGAGGAAGAAACAGGGGAAGCUGGACCCAAGCAAAUCCAGGAAAUGUCGAGCGAAGGGAAACAGCUCUGGACAAUUCCCCGCGGGCAGCCGUAAGCGCAACGUGUUUGACUUUUUAAAUGAGAAACUGCGAGGGAAGAGCACUGGGGAGAAGGCUGGAGGGAUGGCAGUGCCAGAGAGGAAUAGCAAAGAGAUCUACCGUGCCAGCAAGAGCUCCAGGAGAGCCCUGAGCGUCCACCUCUUCCAGACGAUGGAGAAGAUUGAACAAACACAGAGGGAUAUCAGAGGGAUCCAGCAGGCCCUGGAACGCAACAUUGGACGGCACAGCGUUGCUACGGCGCAGCUGAAGGAGAAGCUGGCGAACGCGCUCCAGCAGCUGGGGCAGCUGCAGGCCCAGGAAGCCAGUCUGCAGCGGGAGCAGAAGAAAGCAGAAACACACAAGAAGAUGACUGAGUUCUAGUCUCCGAGGAAGGCGUUUGACUUGCAGUGAUUGCCCUUCUAGCCAACCUCGGUGCUUGUACCUCCGAGCCUGGCUGAGCCAUCCUCCUCCUCCAGGCCUCAGGCUGCCCAAGCCUGAAAAUUGGGCUGAAAAACAGAAGUUUCUAAAACAAGAUGCUUCUGAGCUCUGCUAGGAGGGGAAGGAGCGCCCAUCCGUCCAGCCCUGAAAGCCUUCAGUGAGCCUGAGCCUUCUCUAAGGACUAACUGCAAGAAAUAAGAUUCUCUGCUCUCUUGCACACUUUCCUCUGUUAUCACUGCGGUGGCACCUCCAGAGGCUGUAGCUUCUCGGGUGAUAACGGUGUUGGCUACAAACCAGGUUAGGAGGGGCUUUUGAAAGCCCCACAUCCUGCCAUCAGCUGUGGCUUGUGUUUGCAGCCAACUGACAAACACGAGUGGAGGGAGGCUCCCGAGCACAUUCCGGCGAAGCAGAGAAAAAGCUUGUGCUGGGUGUAAAAAAACAAAGGCAGAUUGCUUCAGCUGC